AUGGGUCAAAUCCAUGAUUCUGCAGGUAAUGAUGUUGAAGUUAUCUAUGACAACGUUAAAGACGGCUGUGAGGAAGAACCUGAAGUUUUGAUAGCCGAUAGUGGCUCCGCUCUGAUGGUUCGUCGAGUAUGUCUGGCCCCUCAUGGAGCCGAUAACAAUCCUCAACGCCAUAACCUUUUCCACUCCAAGUGCACCAUUAGCGGAAAAGUUUGCAAAUUCAUCAUCGACUCUGAAAGUAGUGAAAACGUUAUUGCAGAAGAAGUGGUCAACAAACUUCAACUAGCCACAGAACUUCAUCCUUAUCCCUAUAAAUUGGCUUGGCUCAAUCAAAAGACUGAUUUGCUGAUUACUCGCCGCGCACUAAUCUCUUUUUCAGUAGGCGAGUCGUAUAAAGACCAAAUUCAAUGUGACGUCGCACCCAUGGAUGCGUGUCAUCUCCUUUUGGGACGACCUUGGAUAUUCGAUCGCCGCAUCCAACAUGAUGGCUUUCUGAAUACCUAUAGUUUCCACUUCAAUAACCGUCACUUCACACUUCAACCGUUCGAACCUGAAAAGCACAACCCGUCGCCGUCUCCCGUUCUUAUUCUCAAUCGCAAGCCUUUUGAGACAUCAAUGCGUGAAAAAGGACUUGUGUUGAUCCUUAUCAACUCAACACCAUCUUUGUCAGCUCCUACAGUUCCAGCCGCGUUCACGCCUUUGUUACAAGAAUUUUGUGACGUCUUUCCUGAUGACUUACCUCCAGGACUGCCGUCUCUUCGCGAUAUUCAGCAUAGAAUUGAUCUAGUUCCUGAUGCAGUUCUUCCUAAUAGAGCUCAUCAUCGUAUGAGUCCUAGUGAGCAUGAAGAGCUCAGUAGACAAGUUGAAGAACUUAUUGUGAAAGGAUUUUUACGUGAAAAUUUAAGUCCAUGUGCAGUCCCGGCUUUACUCAUUCCAAAGAAAGAUGGCUCUUCGCGCAUUGUGCCUAGUACUUUUAUGCGGGUCAUGAACCAGGCACUUCGUCCUUUUAUUGGAAAGUUUGUGGUGGUUUACUUCAAUGACAUUCUCAUCUUUAGUAUGUCACUAGCCGAACACAUCAACCAUCUCCGCGAAGUCCUACUUAUUCUACGUCGUGACCAGCUAUAUGCCACGAUAAAAAAAUGUGAGUUCGGGUCCGAGCAAGUCCAUUUUCUCGGAUAUAUCGUUUCUGCUCAAGGUUUGGCCGUCGAUCCAGAAAAAGUAGAAGUUAUUCAAUCUUGGCCUGUCCCGGCAACCUUAUCUGAGACUCGGAGUUUUCACGGCCUUGCCUCAUUCUACAGACGUUUUGUUCCUCAGUUUAGUACUCUAAUGGCGCCGAUAACUGACUGCAUUAGGCGUGAAAGCACGUUUUCGUGGACUCCAGAAGCAUCUCAAGCCCUUAGUAUCAUCAAACAGAAGCUUAGUACUGCUCCUAUCUUGGCUCUGCCUGAUUUUUCUCAGCACCUCCAAAGUCAAGAGAAGGUUUAUGCACGUCAUGCCGCAUGGGUUGCCUAUUUACAGAAAUUCACUUUUGUUAUUAAGCAUACGUCUGGCGUUUCUAACCGUGUCGCUGAUGCAUUGAGUCGCUGGCGCUCUCUUCUUGCUGUCUUACAUGUUUUGGUUCCUGGAUUCGCCACCUUUUCUGACUUGUACGAGUCAGAUGCUUUCUUCGGGAGUAUCUUACAUGACGUCGAGUCUGGUGUAUCACGUGAUUAUACAUUGCAUGAGGGGUUUUUGUUUCGGGGUGAUCGUCUUUGCGUCCCAAGUUGCAGUCUUCGCCUCCAGCUUAUUUCCGAGACACAUGGUGAAGGCCAUGUUGGUCGUGAUCGCACAUUGCAUCUCCUCUCCAAUUCCUACUUUUGGCCGACCCUCCACCGCGAUAUUGAGCGGUACGUUGAGAGAUGUGUCGUCUGUCAGCAGGCGAAAGGCAGUGCUUCCAAUGCAGGCCUUUACUUACCAUUACCAGUCCCGACCCAGCCUUGGACCGACAUCAGUAUGGAUUUCGUGGUGGGACUUCCUCGUACUCAGUGA